CCCUCCGUUGGCCAUGAGAUACUGUGUCUAACCUCCAGAAGACACGAAAGACCGUCGAGCGGCGGUACGAGCGGCGGUACGAGGCGCUGCUGUGUGGCGUAACACACCUGGGGGGUGGCGACAAGACAGGAGCCCGAAAAUCCACCGCCUACCGGGGGUUAGGCGAGUAGGAGUUGCCCCGCUCUUUCACAGGACACGAAGGCUGUUGAGGUUCUCGUACAGAAGUCCUCUCGUCUACUGAGACAUGCCUCUGCUUUCACUUUAUUUAUUUCCAUAAGACUUUCUAGAAUCACACCGCUUUCGACAGCGCCCUUCACUAGAGAACUUUGUCUGUCCCCUUUCUCACGUUUCAGGCAACAUGCAGGCCACAGGCGCGUCCGUUAGCUUGGCGGUGGUUCUGGCUUUUCUGUGCGUUUUGCCCGUGUUUUCCGAGACGUCUCAGGCGCCAGAGGGGACUGACACCACGCCCUCUUGCACUGAGAAGAGCACCUUGACGCUGAUUCUUCAGGGAAAUGACCGCGAAGCGUCCUUCCGAUGCCCAUCAACCUGGACCCUUCAACCCGCCGAUCUAACUCAGGCUUACGACAACACAGAUUCCAGUAACACGGUGGCGUUGGACACGCUUGUCUCGGGAGCCACACUAAUUCACGAUUCAGAAAACUCCAAAUACACACUAACUCUUCCCUCCGAACGAACGGACAAGACGUUCCAAUACAAGUGCCAAAAGCCAAGUCAAGACGCCUCAGGCAAGAAUACCGACAACUCUGCGUCGCAAUCAUGCAAAAUUGUGGUCAAAGUCUUCGCGUCUGAAAUCAAAUCGGCGAUUGAGUGCAAGGCAGGAGAGAUCAAUGUGGCGACAGUCAAAGUCACGGGGAACGCCUUGUCACUAAAAUGUAAGGACUUGACUUUGGACCCUCCGGACGUACAGAACGUGUACGAUGACGAAGACGGAAAAUGCGCGUCCAAGGUCGCUCUCACUUCCCUUGUUGAUGGAUCACUUGCCGCAGUUGCUGCAGAACAGGAAGAUAACGGAGAGUAUGCGUUGAGUAUAAGUGAACUCCCAGCCGACGCGAAGCAUCUGUGCUACAAGUGCGUUGCAAAGCAAUCGAGAACUCAGGCCGGCAGCGCCUCUACGGAGUGCAUGCUCAAGCUUACUGUGACAUCGGGGGCUGCUGCGUUUGCCACUGCAUCUAUCUCUGUCGGCAUUCUUGCAUCGCUUGCGAGCUUCCUGUCAGCAAACUAAUUGAUUACUGACGCGCUCGUCGGCCUCUUUCACGUGCUUCGCCUCGAGACGGACGACAGUCCAAGAGAUAGGUUCAAGAAGACGGAAAGUCUGACAGUCACGCUGCCCAUUCCGUUCCUUCAAAGAAAUGUUGAAGAGUUGAUUCGCGAACCGUUUACAGCUCUGAGCAUCUGUUGUUCUGUGCUCUUACCACACGUUGCGACUGACAAGACAUCGACAAGCUGACAGUGUUCAGCGGUUAUUCCAGUGUAGAAAAUGUCAGGGAUUCGAAGCCGCUGGCGUCACACCUCGUGGGGUCCAGCUUGACACCGCGACAGAAUUUCGUUGCGGCCUUUGCCGGGGCCUCGGAACGAAAGUCACUAGUUGUCCAUAGUAGCGGUGUUGUUCUCAGACGCUCUGCUGCGCCGUCACCUUACGUUGUCCUUGGUGCUAGACGAUGUCGAUAUCGAUGCGCGCUCAGGACAAUGUCGAAAGCGUUCUCAAAGACCUGAACGAUUUUCGAGGAUGGCAUAUAUCGUGUUUGUUUUUGUUUCGUGCUUGCCACCCGAUGAGACUGUAUCGCCGAUCGUUUCCCCGAUUUCGGCGCUACAGUUGCACUACUUUUCGUGUCAGUACAUGCUUUGUACAAACCGAC